CACGGUGUGUUUGCUGGGAAGGGGAUAUUCCAGGGGAAACUAAGAAUUACGCAGUCCACCUGCCCGUGAAGGAAUUAUUCUCUCUGGAAUUUCCAUUAAAGAGAUCUUGGAUCAAAACCUUAAAGGGAGCCUUAGAACUUCCCAUCAAAAUCUUACUCAUCAUCAAAACUAGUGAUAUUUCAUUGUCACUUGAUCUGGAAAACAUUUUCCAGCCAUCAACAUCACUUGUGAGUCAAAUCAACGCUGAACAAGGAGACCAUGAGCAGCAACUACAAUGUCACUCUUAUAGGUCCUGCCCCUUGGGGCUUCAGGCUGCAGGGCGGAAAAGACUUCAACAUGCCUCUCACCAUCUCGAGGCUGACGGAUGGCGGGAAGGCAGCUAAAGGUGGUAUUGCUGUUGGAGACAUGGUUCUUUCCAUUGAUGGCAUCGCCACGGAGGGCAUGAACCACCUGGAGGCCCAGAACAAAAUCAAGAGCUGCACUGGCAACCUUAGCCUCACUCUGCAGAAGGCCCCCAGUGUUCCUAAACCGCCUCCUGUUGCACCAAAGGGCAACAGAUCAGACAUCAUAAAACCAGUAGCCAUUACCCAUCCUCCUCUUCUACCCCAUCCUCACGAUCAUUCAUCAAGCCAAUCUGCUGUCCCCAACAACAAGGCCCCCAGACCAUAUGGGGGCUGCAACUCGGAGAGCGAACACCCUCCUUUACAGUUCCCUUUUUCCACUUCCAUCCCCUCCUCAUCCUCUGCCUUUACACCUGCAUCCUCCCAUACUAGUCCCCGCCCUCCUUCUCUUUCACCACCUCCUGUCUCUUAUCCAUCCUCUGCCUCCUCCUCCCCCCCUGUCCUCGUUCCACCUCAGCCAUCGGUGUAUAACACACCAAUCAACCUGUACUCCACUGAGAAUGCGUGUGAGGUGGCCAUGGGACAGAGGCGGGGCCUAUUGGAGAGUCAGGGUGGAGCCUUACCACUGCAGUUUAAUGGAGUUCCUAGGAAACAUGUUGUGGAUACAGACAUCCAUUUUUACCAUGUGCCCACUCACGCUGAUGCCAGCAGAAAGCGCAUAAUGGAGGACACAGAGGACUGGCGCCCACGUACUGGCACCACCCAGUCCAGAUCUUUCAGGAUUCUGGCUCAGAUCACUGGCACUGAAAAUCUUCAAAAAGAAGAAGCUGAUGCAGCCAAGAAGACAAAUGAGGAGAGCGUGGAGCCAGAAGUCACCAGCCAUGAGUCGGCAGUUGUUAAGACUAUGAUCAAAGGACCUGCUGCAACCUACGGUCCACAGACUGGCUUGAUUACCCCAUCUUUUGGUAUGAAGGGUAACGGUAGUGCCAGUGUCCCAAGGGGUCCUGUUCCAGCCCGACCUGUUCCUCAACCCCACCCUAAAGAUGAGGACAGCUUGGUACAGAUGGCAGAACAUAUCCCUGCUGGCACUCGGACACCAAUGUGUGCCAAUUGCAACAUGGUCAUCAGAGGUCCUUUUUUGGUAGCGAUGGGGAAAUCAUGGCACAAGGAAGAAUUUAACUGCGCACACUGCCGAACAUCCCUGGCAGAUAUAGGCUUUGUAGAAGAACGGGGAUCCGUCUACUGUGAACACUGCUAUGAAGAGUUCUUUGCUCCAACAUGCAGCCGCUGCCAGUCCAAGAUACUAGGGGAGGUGAUAAAUGCCCUCAAGCAGACUUGGCAUGUCUACUGCUUUCUGUGUGCUAACUGUCAGCAGCCAAUCAGAAACAACACCUUCCACCUGGAGGAUGGAGAACCAUACUGUGAACAGGACUUUUACUGUUUGUUUGGGACCGGCUGUCAUGGCUGUGAGUUCCCCAUCGAGGCUGGAGACAAAUUCCUGGAAGCCCUUGGUUACACCUGGCAUGAUACCUGCUUUGUUUGUGCUGUGUGCUGUACCACACUGGAAGGCCAGACCUUCUUCUCCAAAAAGGACAAACCUCUUUGCAAGAAGCAUGCUCACACCCUGAAGAUAUGAAGCUUAUGCUAUUGGCCAUGUGAUGUCUCAUAGAGGGUUGGGAACACUUUUUGUAGUGAUAGUAAUAGUCAUUACUGCAAGGCUCAUGUUAUCUGCUAGUAGAAGAAGCAAUCAGGCUUGCAGUUAACAAUGACUAAUCUUAGUUUUGACCAGAUUUCAACCAAGAAUACCCGAUCUGUUUAAAUUUAACGUAAUGUGUUUAAACAUCCAAAAAAAAAGAGGAAAGUUUUAAUGUCAACUGGUAAAUUAUAUGUACAUUACCAUAAGUCAUCAUGUCAGAUUUAUUUUCUCAUGCUGUAGGCUUGGGAUGCUCUAUUUUAUUUCUUAAUUCUUCUUUUACUCUUGAGUGGUGAGAUCAUCACGCUUUCUGUUCUUCGUUAUUAAAAUUACAGAGUACUCAUUAUCUUUAGACAGCACCAGAAAUGUCUGAUAAUUAUGUGCUUUCAUAAGCUAUUUGAGUGCAAAGGAAGAGAAGGAUGUUGGCAGUUGUUACUGUUAGCUAUUAUAUUUGGUAGUGUUACUGUUUAUGUAGGUCUAAUCAAAUUUAAUAAUCUGGUCAAAACCAAAAGAGUUCAAGAUCAAAUUGUAGAACUUCCUGUGUUUCAAUUUGUUUUAUUUUGUUGUUUUAUUAUUUGCCAUACACAACAGAACUGUUUCACAAGCAACUAUGAAAAUACCAGUAUGUGUAUUGAAAUACUGUUUUAGUUGCUCUAUAGAGAUCAUCUGAGAAUGUCUGAGUUAUAAUUAAAGCUGCUGCCUUUGAUUUAAUCAGUUAUCUGAAUGUUGUAAUUUAAGAAAAUUCUAUUUCAUUUUCUAUUUGUUGAGGGAAACUGGCUACAUUUGAAAAAUUGUAACUGCUUUGAAAAUGACAAGUCACUAAUCUAGAAGCACUUGAGCAAGGAAGAACACCGAAAAUGAUCAAAUGUUUUUGACAGAUGCCUUUAUUAUCUCUCUGCCAAGUUUAUUUGAUACACUUCUCCUUAUGAUUCAUUAACAUUUAGCUUUUCUGGCCUAUUGGUGUGUAAGAAAGUAUAUUUUUUAUUUUACUUAAAGAAGGGAGAAAUGUUGUUAAUAAGCAUGCGAUUAUUUGAGAAACAGAGAAUUUGGUCAUAUCAGCAACUUGUACAGGGAUUGGAUGAAGGGUAGUUUCUUCUUUGUUUUUUGUAUCACACUUGACUGUCUACACACCUUUAAUUUGGGGAUAUUUACUUACUUAUCAUUGCAGGGUCUAUACAUCUUUUUUUGUUGUUCUUUUUUGUUUUCCUAACAGUAUUACAAAUGGCAACACACUUGUUCACUGAUUUCUCAUAAUUAUAAAUCUGGGUUUUUACUGUAAGGGCUUGAAAGGGGUGAUUAAAGUGUACAGUUCUAAAUUCUCAAAACUAUAGCUGGAACUCUUAAAAUUGAUUUGAGUUUUUAAAUA